UCUAGUAUCGAUACGUCGUGCAUUUACUCACGAUCAUUCAGUCUGUUAAAAGUUUUUGUCGUUAUAAUUACGUUCUUUAAGUUUUUAACUCGCAGGAUCAUCUUCAUUGAUACUUUUUGUUAUCGUUUUUCGGUGUAAAAAAAAAGAAAAAAGAAAAAAUUAAUCAGGAUUUAUUAUAGUUGGAUAUAUUGAUCGAAUGUGCGCAGUAUUUGAUCGAGGACAUUCUAACAUGUUUCAUCUCUAACAAAUAUUGCCAAUAGUAUCUGUAUUAGCUGGUAUGUCACGUAACCGUUAGAUGACGCCUCUGGCCUGGUGGGUGUUGCUGGCGAUGCUCUUCGGCCACGCCAGGAUCGUCCCGGCAAGGACUUAUAUUUUCGAUAACGCAUGCGUAGUUUUCUGCCGCGCGGAGAACCUCUCGGUGAACGAGGACGAGGUCCACGUUAUUUCUCAGUUAGUCGAGGAAGGCCGUCGUGGCCGUGAAGUGGACGACCUCUUAAACAAGCUUUGUCUUGAAUCAGUAGAGAGCAGACAUUUUUGUCGUAAUAUUUUUAAAUAUCUUCGAGAUCGACAACGAUGCGAUUGCCGAACGAUUUCUCCUUCUUUGUCAUUGAACGAUCGAGAGAAAGAGAGUAUCGAUUGGUUACGAAUUUUAAACAAACUCUCCAACAAAUUUCAACGAUCGCAACAAGCAUCACAACAACAACAACAAAAACAAGAAGAACAAAGACAAGAAGAACAGCAUUUAAUGAUGGCGAAGAUGACGAUGACGAUGAACGGAAGAGAUAUAUCCAAGGACGAAAAUUUCGUUCCUCGCAUCUUGGACGUUAAUAAUCAACAAGCAAGCAGUGCACCUAAUCCUUCAGGCUCAGACGAGAUCGACUGGGAUAUGUGGUGCAUGGCUCAGUGCAACAUCGGCCACGGAGGAAGUGCCUGCAAUUGUGACAUCAUUCCUUGAAAUUGUUGGUUUUGUUUUUUCUUCCCUUUUUUUUCUACCUUCCUUCCUCUUUUUCUUCUCUUUUUUUUCCGUUUUUUUUUUGUUCUCUUCUUUUCGAUGACGAGCGAUGACGAACUCCUUUUCUUUUUAUUUUCUUUUUUUCUCUAUUAUUUUCGAUGAAUAACAACUACAGAACACGGCAAGUUUCUAUUUUGCCCAAUCGAGAGCCAGACGAAUUUACAUAUCUCCUAGAUGAUAUAUAGGCGUGUCUAGGUCAGUCAUGUACGAUCAUACGUGACCAUUAGAAUCUUAAUUGAGAACGAUGUUCUUCUAUAUACAUACACACAUAUAUAUAUAAACAUAUAUAUAUGUACAUAUAUAUAUACACACACAUACAUAUAUA